AUUCUUCUUACCAUGAUGUUUCUGCCUUAGAGCCAGCUGACCAUGAACUGAAUCCCCUGAAACUGAUAAGUCCCAAUGAUUGUCUCUUGGAUUUUCACUAGAUGAGCUCAGCAACCAAGAAUCAUAGCAUUUUUGAGGUAUGGAUCCUAAUGAUGACCUCAAUGAAGAUACUCUUACAAGUUAUGAUAUUCAGCUUAGUAUUCAAGAAUCCAUUGAAGCCAGUCAGACUGUAUUUCAUCCUGAAAGAUUUGUGCCACUAAGUGACCAAAACAGAAAACUCACAGAGGCCAUAAAACAAGGUCACAUCCUUGAGCUCCAGGAAUGUAUGAAAUACAAGUAUGCACUGGAUGAAGCUGAUGAAAAAGGGUGGUUUCCACUGCACGAAGCUGUCACUCAACCUGUUCAACAGAUACUUGAAAUUGUUCUAGAUGCAUCUUAUAAGACACUCUGGGAAUUCAAGACCUGUGAUGGAGAAACGCCCUUGACUUUGGCAGUUAAAGCUGGUCUGGUGGAAAAUGUAAAGACUUUACUAGAAAAGGGAGUAUGUCCCAACACCAAAAAUAAUAAAGGAGAGACACCUCUUCUGAUUGCUGUUAAAAAAGGCUCCUUUGACAUGGUAUCUGCUCUGAUUAAACACAACACCAGCCUUGACCAACCCUGUGUCAAGCGAUGGUCAGCAAUGCAUGAAGCAGCCAAGCAAGGCCGAAAAGAUAUCAUAUCUCUGCUACUAAACAAUGGAGGCAACGUCCACCUGAGAGAUGGAUUUGGAGUCACACCACUAGGCGUUGCUGCAGAGCAUGGGCAUUGUGAUGUUUUAGAACAUCUAAUCCACAAAGGUGGUGAUGUGUUUGCUUUGGCGGAUGAUGGGGCAUCAGUGUUGUUUGAGGCAGCAGGAGGUGGUAAUCCUGACUGUAUUGCUCUCCUGCUGGAAUAUGGAGGAAGCGGAAAUGUACCUAACAGAGCAGGGCAUCUUCCCAUACACCGAGCUGCCUAUGAGGGACAUUAUCUUGCACUGAAAUAUCUUAUCCCAGUAACAUCCAAAAAUGCAAUUUGGAAAAGUGGGCUAACUCCAGUUCACUCUGCAGCAGAUGGACAGAAUGCACAGUGCCUCGAACUGCUCAUUGAAAGUGGUUUUGAUGUCAACACGCUACUUGCAGACCACAUUUCCCAGAGCUAUGAUGAUGACAGGAAGACUGCACUAUACUUUGCCGUUUCUAAUAACGACAUCCAUUGCACAGAAGUCCUUCUGGCUGCAGGUGCAGACCCAAACCUGGAUCCCCUCAACUGUCUGCUUGUGGCAGUGAGGGCCAAUAAUCAUGAAAUUGUCCGGCUGCUUCUCUUACAUGGAGCCAAUGUCAAUUGCUAUUUUAUGCAUGUGAAUGACACUCAUUUCCCCAGUGCCAUUCAGUAUGCCCUAAAUGAUGAGGUUAUGCUGAGGCUGUUGCUGAAUAAUGGCUAUCAAGUGGAGAUGUGCUUUGAUUGCAUGCAUGGGGACAUCUUUGGAAAUUCAUUUGUAUGGGCAGAAAUAGAAGAAGAGGUAAUGCCAGGAUGGACAUCUUGUGUAAUAAAAGAUAACCCGUUCUGUGAGUUUAUUACAGUUCCUUGGAUGAAACACCUGGUAGGCAGCGUUAUUCGUGUAUUAAUUGAUUACCUGGAUUAUGUCCCUCUGUGUGCUAAACUGAAGUCUGCACUAGAAGUACAGAGAGAAUGGCCAGAGAUACGCCAAAUAUUGGAGAAUCCUUGUUCGUUAAAACAUUUAUGUUGAUUAAAAAUUCGAAGACUUAUGGGACUUCAGCGACUCUGCCAGCCAGCCUCCAUGGAGAAGCUUCCUCUACCACCAGCUAUUCAAAGAUAUAUAUUAUUUAAAGAGUAUGAUCUCUAUGGACAAGAGCUAAGAUUGCUGUAACUUAAAAAUAAUAUUUUAAAACACAAUUUCUAAAAUCUUUAAAAAUAUGAUUCCUUUAAAAUGUGAGAAUUUAUUGGAAUCAUUUUACUUUCUUAAGUAUAUUUAAACACAUUGACAAUCUUAUAGGUAUAUUGUGUCCUUAUGGGAAUGUUAAAGACAUUGACAUUUUUUAAAAGACAGUCUGUGUCUUGUACUGCGUUUGAAUUUCUAUUGAUUAUCUUCACCGGCUACAAAUCUUCAAAUUCUCCCUAUCAACUGGCUCAUGCAAUGUUCAUAAUCAACUUUUCAUGUUUAAGAAAGAAAAUAAGCUCUUUCUUAAACCCACAUCUCCCACUAGUUGUGGGGGCCAUUUUGCCUCUGCCUUUGAAAGACCAUUGUGGAAAGAGCUCCUUCUAGCCUGCAGGUUCACACUACGUGGCCUUGUAUCUGCUCCCUCCAUAGCUCUUUUCAAGGAUCCUGACAUCCUCCUUGUUGCUAAAUCGAAAGAGCACCUCUCAGCCCCUCUUCUAGUUGAUGCCUACAGCACCUGACACUGUUGGCAGCUGCCUCCUUGAAGUGGACUUCCUUCCUUGGUUGUCAUUAUACAGAUUCCUUGUUUUCUUGGCUUUGCUCCUUCCUUCUUGGCUGCUCUGUCUUCUUUCACAUUGCUCAUCCAUCUGCUGUGAAUCCUUUAGUAAUUAUGUCUUCUCUGGGAAAUUUCAUCUAUUGCAUGAUUCAAUCAUUUUGUUGGUGAUUCUAAGACUUAUAUCUAAUCUCAGCUCUUGCCCUCAGGUGCUUGAGACCUAUAUAGACAAACAGCCCAAUGGACAUUUGAACACAAAGGCACCUCAAAUUCAACAUGUUCCCAAGUGAACUCACUAUGUUCCUCCACAGAAAGGCUCUUUUUCUUACAUUCCCUAUUUCAAUAGCUGGAACAAUGAUUAAUUCCUUUUCCAAAGGAAAAAGACUGGACAUCUGCACUGACCACCCCAUUUCCUCUCCCAUUAUAACAAAUCACCAGUACCAUUAAGUUUGUCUUCUGAAGUCAUCUUUUUCUGCUCAGUCUCAUCAGUUUGAUCCUAAGCCAGACUCCGAGCUCCUUUUUCCUGGGAUGAUACAGUGCUACUUAUCUGGCUUGCUUGCUGGCUGUCUUGCUCUGUCCCAUAUGUACUUGACACACAGCACCCCAGAAUUACCUGUUAUAAAUGUAAGUAGAGUUUAAAGUCGUUAAAAUCAUUCCCAUUGCUCAUGGGAUAAAGUCCAAAGUUCUCACGUGGCCCUUGGUAAUCUAACUCCUGCCUUCCUCUUUACUCUUAUCUCUUGAUGGCUCUCUUUCCUUUCUCCCUAUUAAUUAUAUGCCUUCCAGAGGAUUAUUCUUUUAACAGUGAUGCCAAGACUUGAAAAUUUUAUACAUAGUUUUUGCUUUAUUAAUUCUAAAAUCGGGUCAUCUAUUUUUUUAAAUGCUAGAAAAGAUGUUGUAAACUGAGUCAUUAAAAUUGAAUGAUUUUAGGCACUUACCACACUGUCCUCUUUUCUCUGUGGAUGAGUGAAAAUGUCACCGUGGUCUAGUGAGUUAUAUAAGAACCUCUGCACAGGAACUACUACUGUAGAUGAUCAAGGUUUCUGCACUUCAAGCCUGUUCAUUUCCUUCUCCCUCUUCCUGGGAGUUCAUUUCUUUCUGCUCCUCUUUACCUGAUUAACUCACUUUUUCCUAAGAUUUCAACUGAGCUCUAGCUUCUGCUAGGAUGGGAGACCUCGGCCCAACACUUCUUGAACUGCAAGAAACUGCCCAUCUGUUCUUCCCUGCUAGACUGGAAGCUCUGUCAGGGCAGGCUCUACAUCUGUCUUGUUUCCCAGUCUCUCCUCAAAGACAAAAAUAUUCCCUAGGGCAUGAAUGUUAUACAAGACCCAGACAAAAAUAAUCAGCGACCUCAUGGUGAAAUGAUAGUUUUGAAUUUCUGAACUGGUUGCAUAAUACUAGUAAUUGAUUAUCUAAAUUUAUUAUUCUUAGACUUCAGUAGUGUACAUUUCUUAUAUUUUCAUUUUUAUGUUGAGUAACUAUAUUCUUUUAAUAGUAAUGCCUCACUGGUUUGUAAAUUUCUUGAGUUGCAGUUAAUCAGUUAUCUUUAGAACAUAAGUAUAAAAUUGUUUAAUUAGGGCUAUAGUUUAAACCUCUGGUAGUUUCUAGAGAAUAUAUUCUUACAUAAAUUAAACUUUAAUGCAUUUAAUCUGAGCUGUAAUGUUUUGUAUACAUGACUUCUUAAUUCCUAUGUUGAUUUCUUAGUCGUAGUUAAAAUGCAUUGUUAUCUACAAAUAUUGGUAUAAAUAAAUAAAAAAUAAUACUGAGAGUGUAAGUCUGUUAUAUGAUACUUCAGAUGUUAAACUCUAGUACACCAAAACUGACAUUUUCUGUAAUGUAUUUUGGAUAAAUAUAUUCAAGAAAUUCUUGGAUGUAAAGAUAUAAAUUAACUGCACAUGAUAUCUGUUUUGAAAUUGGUUAUUUUAGCAUCUGUGAAGUAGUAGAAACACUUAGCUUAAGAACAGAAGCAAUUGUUGUAUCCCAAACAAAU